AUGACUUCCAACGGGUUCUUCGGUCUGGUAGUCCAACCUGGCAAGACUUAUGAACAGAUCACCGAGCUGCCAUUACGUCUUACCAUGGCCUCAAUUGGUCCUGAUGACAAGAAGGAGAUCGGAACCAAAAGAACCUACUUGAACUUCCGUAACGAUGAUCAAGACUUUACUGUUUGCUCUUUGGCUCCAAACACUCACGAGACUCAAGUCAUUGAGAUGCUCUUUGAACCGGGUCAGCCAUUGACAUUCUUCUCCACUGGUGACUGUGCUAUUCAUUUGACUGGUCACUACAUGGAUGAAGACAACUACCCAGUCAUGGAUGAAGAAGAAGAUGACGAAAAUGAAGAAGGCAUCGAUAUGGGUGAUGAAGAAAUUGAUAGUGAUGAAGCUGGUGAUGUUGAUGAAGUCAUGUUCGGAAAGGCUAUGUCCAAGAAGGCUCUCAUUCCCUCUCGCAAAUCCGCCAUGGAAGGCGACGAUGACUCUGACGAAGACAUGGAUGGUCUCCUUGAAGAAGACGACGAAGACGAUGAAGCAGACAUUGAAGAAAUGACUGAAGAUGAACGUCGUGACCUCAUCAAACACUUGAUGGAUACUGCUGAAAGUGAUGAUGGCUUGACUGCUGAAGAACGUGAAGAAUUGAUUCGAAAAUUCGUCGAGGGUAACUACUCUUCUGAUGAAUUCGAAGACGAGGAUGAUGAUGACGAGGAUGAUGAUGAAGAAACGGAAGAAAUUGAUGAUAUGGAUAUUUUCCGACUUGCUGCUGGUGUAAAACGUAAGGCUGAGAGUAAACCAAUUCCUAUUCCUCCUGCUGGCAAGAAGGCGAAACUUGUUGAACUCACUGAUGCAACCGAGGUCAAGAAACCUGAAGUACCCGUCAAGGCUGCUGCAACAUCUAGUGCACCAGCUUCUCUCGUCUCAUCUGACGCUCCAGAAGCCGAUAAAAAGACCGAUAAUGCUACCUCCGCUACCACUCCCAACAGCGCCACCACCAACGGUAAAAAGACCAAGGCACAAAAGAAGGCAGAAAAGAAGCAACAAGAAGCUGCUGCCAAAGCUGGACAAGUUUCAGCUGCCGCUGCUGCCCCUGCCGCCACUGCUGCCAAGGUUGAACCAAAAGCCAAUGGAGUCACUGCUGAAGUAAAGAAGGACGUAGUAGCAGAAAAGCCUCAACCGUUAUCUGCCAAAGCUGUUGCCAAGCAACAACAGCAACAACAGGCCAAGAAGGAAGAAUCUGGCUCUCCCAAAGUAGAAGCUAAAGCUGAAGUCAAAACCGAAGCUAAACCUAUUGCAAAGAAGGAAGCCAAUGGCGAUGUUGCCAAACCACUUGAAAAUGGUGACGCAGCAGCAGCAGAAAAGCAACCCAAAAAGAAGACUCUCCCCUCUGGUCUACAAAUUGAAGAUAUCCUUGUUGGAAAAGGAGCACGAGCAAAGCCUGGUAAACAAAUGUCUGUCCGAUAUAUUGGUAAAUUGGCUUCCAAUGGCAAAGUCUUUGAUUCAAACACCAAAGGUGAACCAUUCAAAUUCCAGUUGGGUAAACAAGAAGUUAUUCGUGGUUGGGAUGUUGGUCUUCAGGGAAUGAGUGUAGGCGGUACCCGUAAAAUAGUCAUCCCACCUGCAUUGGCAUAUGGAUCUAAAGGUGCUCCACCAGAUAUCCCAUCCAACGCUACUCUUGAAUUCGAAAUCAAGUUGCUUGAUGUUGGUAAAAACUAG